AUGGCCACUUCCCAACAACAAGAACAACCUAUUCGUGUCGGUAUCAUUGGUACUGGUAUCUUCGCUUAUCGUCAUUUGCGUGCCUAUCGUGCUGUCGGUCAAGACAAGUUCCAAAUCGUCGCAUGUGCCAACCGAUCCCGAGACAAGGCCGUAAAGUUCGCUCAAGAAGCUGGUAUUCCUGAGUCUGCUAUCUAUACGGAUCCGCUUGAGUUGAUAAACGACCCCAACGUGGAAGUUGUGGAUGCUUUGUUACCCGUUCAAUACAACUGGGAGAUUGUUCAAGCUGCAGUGGCUGCCAAGAAACACAUUCUCUUUGAAAAGCCUAUAGCUCACAACUUGGCGGAUGCACGUCGAAUCGUUGAGGAAGCUCGUGCUGCAAAAACAAUCGUAGCCGUAGCCGAGAACUGGUCCUAUCAUUCUCUCGUUCGUGCUGUGGGCAAAUAUGUGCAACAAGGCAGUAUCGGCGAGAUCAUCAACUUUACUUAUGAUUCAGCACGCCCAUACAAUCCUUCUUCACCCUACCACACCACUGCAUGGCGUCAACAACCACAACAUCCAGGUGGCUACUUGAGUGAUGGUGGUGUUCAUGAUAUGGCACAUCUUGUCCCUAUCCUUGGCAAGUUUGAGAGCGUUAGUGCAUUUACCGCUAUGCGUCAGAGCAUCCACGUGACAGCAGAUACCUUGGCUACUAGCAUCAAGCUUGCAAAUGGCGGCAUUGGUGUAGCUAAUUUUACCUUUUCAUCCGCUGGUGUGAAAGAGAUGCGAUUGGAGGUGCAUGGCACUAAGGGUACUAUCCGCUUGACCAACGACCAGCAUGUGGAAGUGCUCGAUGAAACCGGCAAGCCUGUGGAUACAUCAUCAGUUAUUCAAGUUGAUAAUGCUUCUGGAUUCGAGGAUGUGGAAGCCGAGAUGUUGAAUCUAUACAAUUCAGUGCGCAAUGGUGAGCCACUUGGCGUGACUCCUGAGGAAGCUUUCCAUCAUUUGGCAUUUAUCGUAGCAGCCCUUGAAGCAGCUGAUACCCAACGUGUCGUCAAGAUCCAACAUGCUGAUGCCUAG